AUGUCAUUUUUAAAUACCAUACGAGGACUCGGAAGAGGAUCAAAGAAGAAUAAGAAAGAUUUGGAACCAACACAACCUUCAUUAUAUUCACAUUCAAAUCUAUCCGGUAAUAACUUAAGACGAACUCAAUCUCCAACUAAAGGAUCACCUACGAAAUUGUCUGCUAGAAGUGCAGCUGGAACAAAUCAUUAUACAUCGUCACCAACUAAGCGAAACAAACUUGGAAUUUCUCAACAACAGCAACAACAACAACAACAACAACAACAACAAUUGCAACAAUUCACACAGCAACAACAACAAAGUACACUGCCACUGAAAAGAUCCACUAUCCAAACAUUAUCCAAUGACGUUGUAAACGCUGAGCCACCAUUGUUUUUAUGCGAGCCAUAUGUUAAGUCGGCCUUGGUCAAAGGUUCAUUCAAGACGAUUGUUCAACUCCCGAAAUAUGUUGAUUAUUUUGAAUGGUUGGCGCUUAAUAUUUUUGAACUUUUCAAUCAUUUGAAUCGAUUUUAUGGUGUUAUUCAAGAAUAUGACACUCCAGAAGCAUGCCCAACCAUGAAUGCUGGUCCAAACACUAAUUAUCUAUGGGUGAAUUCAAACGGUCAGGCUGUAAAUUUGCCCGCUUGUCAAUAUAUUGAAUAUGUCAUUACAUGGAUAUCCAAUAAGUUAAAUGAUCAAAGUGUGUUCCCAACAAAGAAUGGUGGUGCAUUCCCUCCAAAUUUUGUGAAGGAUUGUAAAAACAUUACAAGACAAAUGUUUAGAAUCUUUGCGCACAUUUAUCAUAAUCAUUUUGAAAUAAUUGUUCAUUUAUCAUUAGAAGCUCAUUGGAAUUCAUUUUUUGCUCACUUUAUUUCAUUUGUUAAUGAGUUUAACUUAGUCGAUAGAACAGAAAUGGAACCCUUAAUACCAUUGAUUGAAAAUUUGGAACAACAAGGAAAAAUCAUCUGA